AUGCUGGACAACCCGUUCAGCGCCAGUUGCGACGACGAGGGGAUCGGACGCCACACUGAGAUAAUGCUUGGUAAGGGGAUGCCCUUGUUCAAGCUAUCGGACAACAAGCAUGACUUCGACAAGUGGAAUAGUGAGGUAACCUUGCGGUUCCCCACUUACAAGCUGAGUGCAAUCACUUAUGGUGCGGAGCGCUACAACUCUGUGGCAGGACUCAACCGUCAGAAGUAUCACGACACGCAUCGAUCCAUGGCAUUCACGACCACGGCGCUGUCCGUGGACAUGCAUUUGCGGGAGAUGUUCAUGGUGGACAAUUGCAGGGACCAGAUGGAAGGUCCAUCGUUGCUCUGGGACUGCAUUCCGGCGCCUUUCACCAAGGGCGAUCGUGUGAACCCGGACUACAUUCUGCGAGAAUGA